GAAAGAGAGGGACAACGCUGGGAGUGUCUGCGGAGUGUUACUUAACAAACUGAUUAGAUUAGACAGCCCUGCCCGUUUAACAAACUUAUAUCACACUGUAGCAGCAUGCCUGAGGAUCUCGCUGUGGAGCACUAGCAACAACACAUAUUGUAACUGUACAAACUGCGGACGAGCUGACAACUGAGUGAGGAAACAUGUGGCUGCCCAUGGUUGGAUUCACUGCCCUGCCACACCUGGGAGGGCUCUAUGGCGGUUACAUCACACGCAAAGAGGUGAAGACCUGGUACCCAACCCUACAGAAACCAUCUUGGCGCCCACCAAAUGCAGCGUUCCCUGUGGUGUGGACCUGUCUGUACACAGGCAUGGGAUAUGGCUCCUACCUGGUGUGGAAAGAGCUGGGAGGUUUCACUGAGGAUGCACUGGUUCCACUGGGACUUUAUGGGCUGCAGCUAGCUCUUAACUGGGCCUGGACUCCUAUCUUCUUUGGGGCACACAAGCUGAAAUUGGCACUCCUUGAGCUUAUGCUUCUCACUGGGACUGUCGGAGCCACCGUAGUGUCCUGGUAUCCCAUCAGCCGCACUGCCACUCUGCUGAUGGCGCCCUACCUUGCCUGGCUGUGCCUCGCCACCUCUCUCAACUACUGCAUAUGGAGAGACAACCCAGAGAAAAAAGAAGAGUAGGAGACAGUGCUGUGUGCUUUGAGCUAACUACAUACAUUUUGAAUCAUUAAUUAAUCAUAAAUGUCCAACUGACAAUUGAAGUGAAUGAAAAUUGUCAUGGAUUUUUAAAAUACAUCCUUGGUGUGUAUUUCAAGUGAAAUGUAAAACUGCAUUUAUUUGCCUUUUUUAUAUAAAGAAAAUCCCAUGUGUGCAUUUAUGAAGAAGAGCCUUAUGUUGUAGCUGCGGCUAUAAAAAAAAAAUUAAAGUGUUCUAACAAUA